AUGCACGAAAGGAACUAUAUGACCCUCGAGGUCAAUAGUACUGCGGAGAGCAAUUCACACAAGACUACUAGCAUUCCAUCUGUCAGGAAUGAUGAUCAGACAACUACAAUAACCGAAGAACCUAAAGAACAAGAUCCAACCGAUACGUCAACUACGGCCAGCGAAGAAGAAAAAUCAUCUCAACCACCAUUAUCGCUUUGGAGUUUGGUUCCUAUAACAGCCGCUCUUUGUGCAUCAUUAUUUUGCAUGUCGUUGGAUGGAACUAUCCUCGCAACGGCUAUCCCUAAAAUCACAACUCAAUUCAACUCCCUCGACGAUGUGGGAUGGUACGGCAGUUCGUAUAUGUUUGCGACCUGCUCAGUGCAGCUGAUAUAUGGGAAACUUUACACAUUCUACCCGUCCAAAUGGGUUUAUCUCAUUGCACUCCUUAUCUUUGAAGUUGGUUCAGUUGUAUGCGCCACUGCACCAAACUCCGUGGCACUCAUUGUCGGGCGAGCCGUCGCAGGUCUAGGUGCUGCUGGUCUCUUCUCAGGGGCACUUAUCAUUAUAAACAGACUGGUGCCCUUGCGAAUCCGUCCUGUUUAUCUGGGCCUCGUAUCCAGUAUGCACGCAAUCGCAAGUGUAGCGGGACCAAUCCUGGGAGGUGUAUUUACGGACCGACUUACCUGGCGAUGGUGCUUUUAUAUCAACCUUCCAUUCGGUGGUUUUGCCGUCAUAUUGAUCUUGCUAUGCCUCCCCGCCAAUUCGAGCACCGUGAUUCGUCUUAGUUGGAAAGAGCAGUUGAAACAAUUCGACUUGCCGGGAUUCGUUAUCUUGGCACCUUCUAUCAUCUGUUUAGUUCUCGCCUUGCAAUGGGGUGGUUCUACCUAUCCAUGGAAUAGCGGCCGAGUGAUUGCCUUGUUUGUCGUUUUUGGCGUGUUAUUCAUUGUCUUUCUUGGGAUUCAAGUUUGGCAAGGCGAGCGUGCCACUGUGCCUCCGCGCGUCAUUAAAAAUCGAAACAUUUGGGGCGCCACCUGGUAUGGUGGCUUUAUGGGAGCUGGGAUGUUCGUUGUAAUCUUUUAUCUCCCCAUUUGGUUCCAGGCAGUCAAAGGCACAACCGCAGAGCAAUCAGGAAUUGACAACCUCCCCAGUCUUGUGGGAAUGGUUUUAUUUGCAAUCAUUGGUGGUGUUAUUUCUUCGACAGUUGGAUACUACACUCCAUUAAUUCUCAUCUCGUCGGUGAUUACCUCGAUCAGUGCAGGCCUUCUCACUACUCUCAAGCUGAACUCCGGUAUUGGACCUUGGUUCGGCUAUCAAGUUCUCUUGAGCGCGGGUAUUGGUUUGGGUGCUCAAAACAUGAUGCUGGUUGCAUCGGUAGCUGUUCCUAAGGAAGAUAUGCCCAUCGCUACUUCUAUCUUGACAUUCACCCAGAUUUUGGCCAGUGCGAUUGUUCUGCCGAUUGGUCAAUCUGUGUUUCAAAAUCAACUGGUUGCAAACUUCAACUCAUUACUACCUGAUGUCGAUGCAUCACUAGUAGUAUCAAAAGGUGCAACUGGAUUCAGGAGUUUAUUUUCUUCAGACCAGCUUCCUUUGGCGUUGAGUGCAUACAACAAGGCCCUUACACAGACGUUUUACGUGGCUGUUGCUACCAGUUGUCUUUCGAUUGUCGGCCCUAUCUUCAUGGAAUGGCUGUCUCUGAAGAAGGUCGCGGCUGAACGCGAAAAGUCCGAAGAGAAGGAAAAUGACGAGGAGAAGGGCCAAGCUGAGGUUGCCCAGGCUACCGAUGCCAAAUCACCCAAAGGAGAAUUGCAAUAG